AUGGAUCCGCACGCGGGGGGCGCCACGGACUCUAGGGGGAGCAGAGGAGGUCGCCGCGCUCGCCAGACUGCAGGCUCCAGCGCCCUGCAGCUCCUGGCGCGGCUGGACGCGCGCCCCCUGGCGGCCAGAGCUGCGGCCGACUUGGCUGCGCUGGUACGCAGGUCUGGGGCCACACUGGGCCUGCGCCCCAAAGACGCUAUUAGCGAGCUGGAUUCUGCAGACAUAGAGGUCACAGACAGUCGCCUGCCUAAUCCCACUUUUGUGGAACACCAGACCCAGCAUCGUCGGUCAGAGACCUUGGGUACAUGCAUCGGGCCACCCCAGGUGACUCAGGUUAAGGCACGUUGUGCUUCGAAGCCACCCCAGGCCUAUGGUCAGUUCAGUGUGGAGCUGGUUCGCAGUUCCGCAGGCUUUGGCCUCACACUAAGUGGAGGCCGAGAUGCAUCCAGGGACACUCCACUGGCAAUACGCGGGCUGCUAAAGGAUGGGCCAGCACAGCGCUGCGGUCGCUUGCAGGCUGGUGACCUUGUGCUGCAAGUCAACGGGGAGUCCAUUCAGGGUCUCACCCAUGCCCAGGUCGUGGAGCGGAUUCGCACAGGUGGUCCCCGGCUCCACCUUAUGCUGAGCAGGCCUCUUGAGACCCACCCCAUUAAGACAGAGAAGGGGGGAGGACUCCGGAAAGGAAAUGAUUGUAGUCCAGAUCCUGAGGGACCAGAGGUGACAAGGUCUCGUAGCUCCGGCGCUUAUGCACUUCAGCAACCUCGAUCCCGUAUGACCCCCAAGACCCAGGACAGCCCAGAGCCUAGCCCAGAGCGGGCAGCUGAGGGUCUUUCUGUUUCUCCUCCUGAACGCUGCAUGGAGGACCCCGACGACGCAUCCCCAGGUUCCCCAGGACCCUGGCUGGUGCCAAGCGAGGAACGGCUCUCGAGGGCCCUAGGUGUCCCAGGGUCCGCGCAGCUUUCCCUGGAGAUGGCAGCUGGAAGGUGGAGGCACUGAGCAUCAUCUGAUGGCUGGGUGCUCACUUGGUACUGCCCCACCUGGAUUUGGCGUGCUCAGUGAGUCGCGCACUAGCAUCACAAGCAGAUCUACUACUUGGCCUCGUCCCCCCUCCUGCUGCUCAGUCAACCAGCCCGCGUUCCCCUCGCGGUGUCAGUGGUACGGCCCUCCCUGACCCGCCAGCCUGCACUUCUUGUUUUGGGCGG